AUGGGCCGGGACGUUCGGCCAAGUGAUAUGUUUGCCAAAGGCUGCGGCAAAAUGGUCAGCCCACAGAAGCCCAGCUGCGACGAGGGCAGCGAUGGUCUUGCAAAAAAGGCUGUUCUUCUUUGUAGUUUCAUGUUCCCCGAUGUCCUUCAGGUGCAGCUUCGGCGGUACGGAACGCUGAAUUUACUUCCAGGAGCUUCUGUUUCUGAAGUCGCUGCAGCAUAUCGCCGCGCGAGCCUGCUUGUGCACCCAGAUCGAUGUCAAGGAGACCCCGACGCCGCAGACAAAUUUGCGCGUCUAACAAGGGCGCGAGACAUCCUCCUUGAGAAUGCCCAGCGAGUAUCGAGCCAGCUGUUUGUGAUGACAUUGGUCACACAUGCAACAGCGCUGCACACAUCCCGUGUGGACUUUCCGAAAGCAAGGUUAUUCACUGAUUCGCCAUUGAAGGCGCUGGCAGUCUUGGAUCUGGGUGUGGAGAGGCAGCAGUCGCCUUUCUCGUCUGAGUCUUCGAGCCAGUCUUGCUUGGAGAAAGCGGACCUCGAUGUCAUUAGCCAGGUAUCCACCCGGUCUAGCCAAAGUGUCGGGUUGCCUCGCAAGUCGCGCAAGCGGACAAAGGCGAAGGAUUUCCAGCGCAACUCCUCUGCUUCGUCCUCUUCCACAACAGACUGCCCUUUCAAGACGCUCAGAGGUGUCUGCCAUCGUCUGGCCAGAUCUCUCACGUGGUUUGGGCGGCUUUGUUCACCGAGCACGGCAUGCGAGGACACGCUGCGCAAGUCUCCCAGCGAGAUAUCGACUUGCCCUAGUUCUCUAUGCACCCCGCUGGACACUUUCGAGCGUGAGGUUAGCCGGCGGUCCUAUGCCAACCGCUUCAUUCAGUUUAGCACCUGGGCGGCCGGUAAGAUGGUGCAGAUGCAUGGCAGCAUGUGCAUUCAUAGCAGCAUCUUCCAAAAGUUCUUGCUCUAG